GUGCAAUAGGGCAGUGCAUUUUCAAAAUCUCGCGUGAAUUUCCGUGAAACGUUCUUUCCGAUAAAAUCCCAACAUGGGUAAGCCACACGGUAUCCGUACGGCUCGUAAAUACGUGAACCACAGACGUGAGCAGAAGUGGCACGAUAAUGACUACAAGAAAGCUCAUUUGCCGUCACGAUGGGUGAAACCAUUCCAGGGAUCUUCCCACGCCAAGGGCAUUGUGCUGGAAAAAGUUGGUGUUGAAGCCAAGCAGCCUAACUCUGCCAUCCGAAAGUGCGUGAGGGUACAGCUGAUCAAGAACGGCAAAAAAAUCACAGCCUUCGUACCCAACGACGGUUGUCUCAACUACAUUGAAGAGAACGAUGAGGUUCUAGUGGCUGGAUUCGGUAGAAAGGGUCACGCUGUGGGAGAUAUCCCCGGUGUCCGUUUCAAGAUCGUGAAGGUGGCCAACGUCUCCCUGUGGGCCCUGUUCAGAGGGAAGAAAGAGCGACCAAGGUCUUAGGCUGUACAAAUACGUGAAAUAAAUAUAAGAAACAAC